AUGAACAGCCUUAUAACAUGUCAAAAGUUGGGCGAUCCCCAACAACGUUUAGGAAGCUCUAGUAUGGCGAAGCAUCCACAGCAGCAGCAACAUCAAUUUCCAGGCGGCGUAGGCAGCCUCAGGCAGCCAUAUUCAUCCCGUCAAGCUUUUCCGCUACCUCCACCUCCUCAGCAGGUAUCAAACAGCUAUUGUCAGCAAAAUCGACAGGACCAUGUAUCAACUGCCCAACAACAGCAAAUGCCUUCAUUUCGUCAAGCAACGUUUGCAACCAUCAAUUGCCAAGAAGCACAGCCCAAUCGACAUACGCAACCCUCUAUGAACAAUCAGCAAGCAUCACGAGCAAGCAAUCAGGGCUUACAUACCACUGCUACCAGUCAACAGGCAUCUGUAAAAUCUGAUGCCAAGGAUCCUAAAUUCACGCAACAAGAGUUGAGUCAUCCUAAUCCCAAUUUUCCUCAACCACCUCACGCCUCUCAGAAUCAGCCUUCUAAACCAGUCCCGUAUGGCAAAAAUUUCACAUCUGUUGGCAACGGUUUUUAUCUUCACGUCGACCCUCUUGUGCGUGAAAUAGGUACUCUCAAUUUCAAAUUAUCCAACUGUCAAGGUCGUAAAAAGGCACUUUUGAUUGGUAUCAAUUACUUUAAUACCAGUGCUCAAUUGAAUGGCUGUAUCAACGAUGUCAGGAAUAUCAAGGACUUUAUCACAACCUUAUACGGCUUUAAAGAACAAGAUAUGGUUAUUCUGACAGAUGAUCAACCUGCCAACAGUAAAUUUUACCCAACAAGAGUCAAUAUUUUGGCUGCUAUGCAAUGGCUUGUAUCAGAUUCUAAACCAAAUGACUCAUUCUUCUUGCAUUACAGCGGACACGGUGGUCGUGUGGUGGAUACCAGUGGAGAUGAAGAUGAUGGCUACGACGAGACGAUAUUCCCUGUCGACCACGAUAAAUACAAGGGAGAGUCUGGACAAAUUGUUGAUGAUUUGAUGCACGAUAUCAUGGUCAAACCCUUGGUAGAGGGCUGUCGCUUGACUUGUAUUUUCGAUAGCUGUCAUUCAGGAACAGCCUUGGAUUUGCCAUAUGUGUAUUCUACCAAAGGCAUGAUCAAGGAACAAAACUUGCUCAAGGGUGCUGGUAAAGGGUUACUAUCUGCAGGUAUUUCCUACGCCAGUGGCAACAAGGCAAGAGCUCUUUCCUCCUUGAUGGAAAUUAGAAACACUGCCAAAUCACAAAAGGAGAUCCAAGAGUGGAACAGACAAAAUUUGUUUUCUCCUGCUGAUGUGAUUAUGUUUUCUGGAUGCAAAGAUAGUCAGACAUCUGCUGAUGCUGUAGAAGAUGGCAAAGCUACAGGUGCUAUGAGUUAUGCGUUUACAACUACUCUUCGUCAAAAUCCAAAGCAAUCUUACCAUGCCUUACUGAAUAGUGUUCGUGAUAUCUUGCGAGACAAGUACUCCCAACGCCCUCAAAUGAGUGCCUCUCAUCCAAUCGAUGUAAAUCUUCAAUUUAUAUGUUGA